AUGAACAACUUGAAUGAUCCCCCUAGAUGGAAUAUCCAACCAGACCCCAGAAAGAGGGGCGGGGGCCGGGAUGGCAGCCAAUGGAACUACGCUUUGCUGGUCCCCAUGCUGGGGCUGGCUGCCUUUCGCUGGAUCUGGACCAGGGAGUCUCAGAAGGAGAUCCAGAAAGCCAAAGCUCAGUAUGACCAAGACGUGAACACAAUGAAAAGCGAGCUGGAGGCACGUUACCGGGAGACGCUGAAAGAGAGGAGCAGGACGGCGGCCAUGCUGGAGCUGGAGCUGGAGAAAGAGAAGCAGAGGGUGAAAGGCUACAAGCAGGCCAUGGCCUCACAGAGCCACCAGCUCAUGGAGGAACGUAAGCAGCUCCAGCAGGAAAGGCAGACUUUGGAAAGAGAGAAGCAGAAGGUGGUGAGUUCAGGAGCAGCAGGAGCUGUGCUGCACCAGGCCCUGGAGGGAGAGGACGACUGGUACCGGCGGGCCACAGCCACCUUGAAAGAACUGGAGGGUCAGCUGGUGGAGCGGCAGUACGCCUACUGCUCCUACAUCCAGCCCCGCGAGCAGCGGCUGGAGAUGGAGAAGAACAUGCUGCUGAAGGCGGUCAGGGAGCCUCUCGGCCGGGAGCUGGACCUCGAGUCUGACCUGAGGGACAUUUUCAAAAGAGAUAGGCACUGUGCGGAAGUGGCCAACAUGGACAAGAGGAAGAAUGGAAGCCUCAUGUGGGUUUACCUCAAGUACUGGCAGCUGCAGGUCACCAUGCAGAAACACAAAAGAGCCGAGCAGGCCCUGUUCGGAGGGAAAAUCCAGCCCGGCACAAAGUGACGAAUGGAGAAAGAUGAAUUUUAGAGAUGUCGACGCUGUUUGGAUCAGAAAUGGAAAUCUGCUCAACUUGGUUUGAAUGAUGUUAUCUCUGAAGAGACCGUGUCUAGAGCAGGGGUGUCAAACUCAGUCCAGUUCAUCAUCAGCGGGCCAGACUUGUAAAAUAGUGCUAUAAUAACCUGGAAAUUCAAACUUAUUUAAAUCACAAGUUUAAGCUCAACAAAAGUAUGUUUUCACAAAAUCAAACGAGCAGUACAGAAAAUUGCUACACUUUCAACAUAGCCAAUUUUAAUGAUACUUUCUGUGCAAAAUGCAGUGAAAUGCCGAAAGAACUUAUCCUAUAACACUGUAUUUAGUAACAAGUUUCAUGGCAGCAUCACCGCUCUCUCAGCUCGAGUCCCAGUAUUGUACACUGGCCUGAAGAAAACUGAAAGUCGAUGGAUUCUGUGGUGUUUCUACAGUGUGCUGGUCGUUUCCUGAGCUGCGUUGGAGCCUCCUGCUUUAUAUUCGACAUCCCUGGUCUAGAAUUACAUUUGAACUGAGAACUUAGAAAAGAAGGAAUCAUUCAGCUCCAGAAGCACCACAUCCUUUAGAUCACAUCCAUAUUAGUUUUAUGUGUAAAGAGUAAAAAUGAUCAUUAUCUUAUUUUUCAAUUGAAAAAUGCCCCCGUUUAAAAACAAUGUUUUUCUAAGUGCAUUCUCUGAAUGCUAUGACAUGUUAUUCGUGAGGGAUUUUUAUUCCUUUGUCUCGCACAUGAACUCAGGGCUCCCACUAACAAACCUGGUCAGAAAACAGUGUUUCGCAUCUGAACUAUAAAUUAAAAACAAUUCAUCCAUCAAGUAGCAAUCCGUAACACAACACCAGAAUCAUUGCAAGAUUCAAAAUGAGUUUUUAUGGGAAAUAUGCAUGACUCUAACAAUGGGGUUUACCAGCCUUACUCCAACAGGAUUCUUUCAUUUUACCCUUUUAAAUUUCCUCCAUCUCUGCUGAUCAUAUUUUUCUUGCCAUGCGGUGAUACCGGUGGUGUUAUUUUGCCUGAUUGUUGGUUUGUCUGAGCCUCGCAGCCAUCGGGUCUUUGCUGAAGAUGCGUGUGUAGAGAGUAAAGCUUUUUACUGCAACAGGAAACUAAGAUUAAAGAGGGAAACGCUAAGGUCACACUGUUACUGAGCAGGCCUCUCCAUGGAGGUGUGUUCUUAGUUUUAUCUCGGGGAAUAAGCCAUGGUGUAAUGUCAUAAAUGAAGAUGUGGUACUUAAUAUUAUGUGCACUCCUCUUGAAUAUAGUUUUGGUUUCAGGACUUA